AACCCGGGGUCGCACCACACCGUUUGCCAUCGCGCACGUCGCCGGUCCCUUACUCGUCUCGCACGCUUAUAGAUUGCGGGUUGUUUUCCAGCACUAUCUCAUGUUACAAGCUCUCGAUGUCUCCCCAACUCAACCGAAUCGGGUAGUCCGGCAUUCUUCGGCUCGUGCUUUUCAGCCACAGCAUUGCCGGUAGCUUCUCGACCCUCACGCAAUUUCGAUAUCUCGGGGGUUAGGUGUGACAAGCAGGGCCUGGGCCCGGUUCGAACAUCUAUCGGCACUCGGGCGCAGGAAGACGCAGCGUAAAUGGCUUCGCACGCUCAACCGGCACUUCGGAACGCUGUCGAUGCUUCCUCUCAGGCAAUGGCUGAGCUCGCCAAACGGAUCAGUAUCCCGCUUCCACCAAACGCUCCUGCCGGCUUGGUACAGGCUCUCACGGUAGAUCCAUGGUCGCAAUCCGGGAAGUACGGGUUAGGAUGGACCUACUUCGCGCUGGCGGUCGGUGGUCUGGCAGUGUUCGUGAGGAUAUGGCACUACUGGCAAGACAAGAUCCGACAGGCCAUAUACAAACAGGAGAUGGAGCAGCACUUUCAGACACUGUAUUCCUUGGAUCCGGGGUGGGACAGGUCAGCAGCUUUGGCGACGGGCGCGACAACAUCGGAAUCGAGGCGGCAUUUCUUCCCGGAUGAGCCGGCCGUCGAGGGCAAGAGCUUUAAGCCGAAGGCACACUUUGCGUCAGUCGGCUUCGUCAACGACACCUUGGCCCUUUUCAGAUGGGUCUUCUACCGCCCCAUCCCGGACAUCGUGUGGAGAAAACACCGGUUUACCUUCGCCUCCCUCGCGGUGUUGAGCUGCGUCUUCGUCGCCUUGGCUUUUGUCACCAUCUACUGCUUCCUACAGCAGCCGCUUUACUGGCAGAGCAUCCGGUUCGGAUCGCCACCGCUUGCCAUCCGCUCAGGCAUGAUUGCUGUCGCCAUGACGCCCUGGAUUGUUGCGACGGCAACCAAAGCGAACAUCCUCACAUUGCUCACAGGCAUCGGCCCCGAGCGUCUCAACGUCUUCCAUCGCUGGCUAUCCUACCUGUGUCUCUUUCUUUCGCUAGUCCACAUGGUCCCGUUUUACAUCCAGCCGGUCUGGGAGGAUGGCGGCAUGCUGGUCUUUGACGCGCUGUUUCCGCCCGGGAGUGGGAUUAUCUAUGGCUCCGGCAUUGCCUGCCUUGUUCCUCUAUGCUGGCUCUGUGUGGGCUCCCUACCCAUUAUCCGCAGGAAAGCAUACGAGAUCUUCUCCCUCCUUCACGCGCCGGUCGGAUACAUCUACCUCGGUGUAGUCUUUUGGCACACCAAGAACUUCCUCAUGUCGUGGGGCUACCUGUGGGCCUCAGUCGGCAUCAUCGUCUUCUGCAACAUCCUCCGUCUCUUCAAGCUUAACUGGGCCAGGCCAUGGCGCAUGUCGUGGCUUGUGGGGGACGAGGCGGCUAUCAACAUCAUGACGGAGAACGCCAUCAAGAUCACAAUUCCGACCCAGAUGCGGUGGAAACCCGGCCAGUAUGUCUAUCUUCGCAUGCCAGGCAUCUCGUUCUUCGAGAAUCACCCCUUUACCAUCUCGUCCCUCUGUAGUGAGGACUUCCCGUCCGAGUACGGCGAAGAGUAUCGGGACUGCGUGCUCGUCUUCCGUCCGUAUGGCGGUUUCACGCGCAAGGUGCUCGAGACGGCCAUCGACAAGGGACCCUUCCACACAUACCGCGCAUUCCUUGACGGCCCUUAUGGCGGCAUGCGCCGCGAACUGGCUGCAUUCGACACAUGCAUCCUGAUUGCGGGCGGAAGCGGGAUCACCUCGCUGAUGUCGCAGCUCUUGAACCUGAUCAAGCGCAUGCGAGACGGGAAGGCCAUCACGAAGAAGAUCGUGGUGGUGUGGGCGCUCAAGCGGCUCGAAGCGAUGGACUGGUUCCGCGAAGAGCUGCGUAUCUGCCGUGAGGCGGCACCACCAGACAGCGUCACCUGUAAGUUCUUUGUCACGGCGGCGGUGAGGCAGAGGGGCAACCCCCAUCACGGACGCGCGCCUAGGCCACUGAGCAACAUGUUCCAUGAUAAGCUGGACGGCUUUGUGGCCGGCAUCGCAAGCAAGCGGAAUAGUGCCCUGAUCAUGGCCGAGGCGCAGGGUGAUCCAGACAAGGAGCGUGAGCUGCGGCGCGAGGAUGAAGACCGCAUCACGGCGCUGCCGCAGCAGAAGUAUCUUCAGCCUCACAAUAUCCCUCCGCCACCACCGGGCCCGCCGCCCAAUAUGAGUGGUUUAUCACCAGCGGAGGAGACACUGCGUAAGCUUGAAGGCCAUGACGGUGACUUCAAGACAACGGAACCGGUGGCGGACUUCAACGGCGGACAUGGCAUCGCCAGUGACAAGAAAGACCAUGACGGGUUCCAUUUCCCGCCUCUGGGCCCGCGAGGCGAUGCCGUUCCUCACUUCAACUACGCCCCGCCAGCAGGGAAGCAACGCUACAGCCAGAUCCUCGCCGAAGCAGAUCCUCGCCUAAGCCAGGCUGGCGGCGAAGCAAUAGACACCAAGCACCAAGUCGUGGAUGGCAGGGAGGGCGCCUCGUCCCCCGUCCGCCCGCCGGAGCUCGCUCACCUGCGCACCGAUGUAGGCGGUUUCACGCGGCCGCGGCCCACGAGCACUUUUGGUCCGCCUUCAGGGUUCGAGUUUGGGUUUCCCGAGACGCCGACCGAGUUCCAACGGUCGCUCAUGCGCUUCGCCUUCCCUAUCCCGCACGAGAUCGACGGGGGGUGGAGCGUCGAGUAUGGUCGGCCCGACCUGGGGUACAUGCUCAAGGAGUGGGCGACCGGUGGCUCAGAUGGGAGGGGCAUCCUGGGGAGGAGGACGGCCGUGUUUGUGUGCGGGCCUCCCUCGAUGAGAGUGGGAGUCGCCAACACGGUGGCGAAGUUGCAGGCCGAAAUAUGGGGGGAUGAUAUGCUGGAGGAGAUCUUCUUGCACACAGAGAACUACGCACUGUGAGAUAUGUAUGGGAACUUGUGUCGGGUGGGACAGUGGAAGAAUAAGGCAACCAAAUUCCCCGGUUGUUUUGUUGGAUACUUAGGUCGGCGUUCGGCGAAUACCGGUACCGAUACCAUUGCUCGAUCGAGCAAGUCAGCGACUUCACUACCAAAGGCCCCAGCUGCAGGCUACCAGAUGGCCCA